UUAAGGUUCAUUGCACAGUAGUUUAAUGAAAUGAAAUGCUAUGUAACGGAAGCAGGUUUUACGCGCUGCAUUGGAACUUGAAUCAAAGAGAAAAAAAAAUAAUAAAUAGCACUAAGCUAUUCAUUCAGUGAAUGCAUAAAUUUCUCAGCAUUAGAGUUUGAAGAGCUAGAAGCGGUGGUAGUAACUGAAUUUGCAAAGAUGCUUUCUGCAACACUUCCAGUGUCCCUUACAUCUGCAAAGGGCUCCUCCUUGGCCUUCUCCCGCCGCAUGGUUCCUUCCGGCCACCGUCUAUCUCCGGCGACACUCACCGGCGUUUCACUCUCACGCGCUCCUCUCACGUUGAGGUGCUCUUCACUCUCAAACACCCCUUCCUAUGUUGAGGAAGGAAGAAAGUUUGUAGAAGCUUCAAAGAAUGGGAACUUGAUUCCUCUCUGUCAGAGUAUCUUCGCUGACCAACUCACUCCCGUCCUUGCUUACCGGAUUUUGGUUAAGGAAGACGAUUGGGAGGCUCCAAGCUUUCUUUUAGAGUCUGCAGAGCCUAGUUAUCAUGCUUCGAGUGUUAUUGAUUGUUUAUUGCAGGGGCGCUAUAGUGUUUUAGGAGCAAACCCAACUAUGGAAGUUGUGGCAAAAGAAAAUAAGGUUACAAUAAUUGACCACGAAUCUGGGAAUUUAACUGAGGAAAUUGUUGAUGAUCCUAUGGUGAUUCCCAGAAAAAUCUCAGAGGGUUGGAAACCCUAUCUCAUUGAUGAACUACCAGAUGCAUUCUGUGGUGGUUGGGCAGGUUAUUUCUCAUAUGACACUGUUCGUUAUGUGGAAAAGAAAAAGCUACCAUUUUCAAACGCUCCAGAGGAUGACAGGAACCUUGCUGACAUACAUCUGGGCCUCUAUGAGAAUGUGAUUGUGUUUGACCAUGUAGAAAAGAAAGCAUAUGUGAUUCUUUGGGUGAGGGUUGAUCGGUACUCCUCGGCUGAGAGUGCUUAUAAGGAUGGAAUGGAAAGAUUAGAAAAAUUAGUGGCCAAAUUACAAGAUGGCCCACCCCCAAGGCUGGCUCCAGGUUCUGUGGAUUUACAUACUCAUCAUUUUGGUCCAUCUUUAAAGAAGUCAAGCAUGACAAGUGAAGCAUACAAAGAGGCAGUCCUUCAGGCAAAAGAACAUAUUAAAGCAGGGGAUAUUUUCCAGAUUGUAUUAAGUCAGAGAUUCGAACGAAGAACAUUUGCUGAUCCUUUUGAAAUUUAUAGAGCAUUGAGAGUUGUUAACCCAAGUCCUUAUAUGGCCUAUUUGCAGGCUAGGGGAUGUAUUCUGGUUGCUUCAAGUCCAGAGAUUCUUACACGUGUAAAGAAGAAUAAGAUUAUGAACCGUCCAUUGGCUGGGACAGCUAGAAGGGGGAAAACACCUGAAGAAGAUGCAAGGUUUGAAGCAAUAUUGCUGAGAGAUGAAAAGCAGUGUGCAGAGCAUGUCAUGUUGGUUGAUUUGGGACGCAAUGAUGUUGGAAAGGUUGCCAAAAGUGGUUCUGUCAAAGUUGAAAAGCUUAUGAAUGUUGAACGAUAUUCCCAUGUCAUGCACAUAAGUUCAACGGUUACUGGAGAGUUGCAAGAGCAUUUGACUAGCUGGGAUGCCCUGCGAGCUGCAUUGCCCGUUGGAACUGUCAGUGGAGCACCAAAGGUGAAGGCGAUGGAGUUGAUUGAUGAGCUGGAGGUGACAAGGAGGGGGCCUUACAGUGGAGGAUUUGGAUACAUCUCUUUCUCUGGUGAGAUGGACAUUGCUCUUGCUCUCAGGACAAUGGUAUUUCCGAGCGGAACCAGGUAUGAUACAAUGUACUCAUACAAAGACGUCGACCAACGCCGCGAGUGGAUUGCUUACCUUCAAGCCGGAGCUGGUAUAGUUGCUGACAGUGUCCCUGAUGAUGAGCACCAAGAGUGUCAAAACAAAGCUGCUGGUCUUGCUCGUGCCAUUGAUUUGGCUGAGUCCGCUUUUGUUGAUAAAUGAAUUUAGAUAUCUCAUGAAUAUAUUCGUAGUCAUAGUCAUAGUCAUAUGCAUAAAGUUGAAGCUACUGAUUGUUUGUACAAUCCAGAUGGAGUUUCAAGUUUAAACUUCAUUCAUGUAGGUACAAAUUCCAUUAGUGGAAUGAACUUAUUCUUGUUUGAACAUAUGAAGAUCAUUGUCUUCCAUACCAACAUUAAAUCAUGUUAAUGUGGAGAGAUAUAUGAUUAAAUUAAUAGUCUAUUUUAUAAAUAUUAAUUUUGCAUUUUAA